AUGAUCCAGCACCGCUCAACACCGCACCACCCCCUCGGCUUUAAUGGAUUUGGCCAGUGUGUCUUUUCGUUAACAAAGAGAGACUGGGUGGUACGAAGGCAAGGGAAACGUGGAGUGGUUCGUCCUUGCACCGCACCUUCUCCUUUAGGCACACAGUUGUGGCCCCUCUUAACGGAGCCCGAGUAGGAGGAAGCAAGUGGAGGGGAGCAGAAGGAGACAACAAACGUCUAAGAGUCUCCCGAGUCUGGGACGUGGCGCUGUGUGGCCAGUGCCUCCCCCGCCCGCCUCCCACCGCUGGCCGUGGCGCCCCAGCAACAGUCCCGAGGCCUGCGCCCCUCGCCGUACCAAGGCUCCCGAGCGUACUCCUCCAUGGCGCCGACGUCCGGCCACGCAGUCUGACACCGGCCGGGCCACACCCCCACCGUAAAUGCUCACGGACGACCGAGCGUUCCACCUAUUCCAGGGCAAUGAUUGGGUCGUUUUGCCAGAGGUCAGACCAAGGCGCACUCUCAUUGGCCAGCAAGGUCUGUCUGCUAUCCGCUAUGCCGCUGCCCGUUGCGCUGCAGACCCGCUUGGCCAAGAGAGGCAUUCUCAAACAUCUGGAGCCCGAACCAGAGGAAGAGAUCAUUGCCGAGGACUAUGAUGAUGAUCCUGUGGACUAUGAGGCUACCCGGUUGGAGGGCCUGCCACCAAGCUGGUACAAGGUGUUUGACCCUUCCUGCGGGCUCCCUUACUACUGGAAUGCAGACACAGACCUCGUGUCCUGGCUGUCCCCACAUGAUCCCAACUCCAUUGUUUCCAAGUCUGCCAAGAAGCUCAGGAGCAGUAAUGCAGAUGCUGAGGAGAAGUUGGAUCGGAGCCAUGAGAAAUCGGACCGGGGCCACGAGAAAUUGGACCGAGGUCACGAGAAGUCGGAUCGCGGCCAUGAGAAGUCAGAACGGAACCACGAGAAGUCUGACAGAGACCGGGAGCGUGGUUAUGACAAGGUGGAGAGAGAGAGAGAGCGGGACAGGGAUCGGGACCGGGACCGCGGGUAUGACAAGGUGGACCGGGAAGAGGGCAAAGAACGGCGCCACCAUCGCCGGGAGGAUCUGGCUCCCUACCCCAAGAACAAGAAGGUGGCAAGCCGGAAGGAUGAAGAAUUAGACCCCAUGGACCCCAGCUCGUACUCAGAUGCACCCCGGGGCACGUGGUCAACAGGACUCCCCAAGCGGAAUGAGGCCAAGACAGGUGCAGACACGACAGCAGCCGGGCCCCUCUUCCAGCAGCGCCCUUACCCAUCCCCGGGGGCUGUGCUCCGGGCCAAUGCCGAGGCCUCCCGAACCAAGCAACAGGACUGAACCUUCCCCACCCCGGCCCGCCCUGGGGUUUUGAAUAAAAGCUUUUCGGUGAA